GCCAAUGAGGUUCAUUUGACAAAGCCACACGUCUAGUUUUGUUAUUGUCAGCUGUUAGCACGCGGUUUUCUACAAGGAUUGCAGCAAGGCAUUUGCGCAAAUUGAUUGAUUCCUUCAGAGGUUAAGCAGAGAGAACUGGAAAUUUUCAUCUGGAAAUAAACAGUUAUAAAAAUGAGUGUUCCUCAGCUUACAGAUGAUCAGAUUGCAGAAUUCAAAGAGGCCUUUUCACUGUUUGAUAAAGAUGGCGAUGGAUGCAUAACAACAAAGGAGCUUGGCACUGUAAUGCGAAAUCUUGGGCAAAACCCAACUGAGUCUGAACUGCAAGAUAUGAUCAAUGAAGUAGAUGCCGAUGGCAACGGUGAGAUUGACUUCCCUGAAUUUUUAAACAUGAUGGCACGGAAAAUGAAAGAAACAGAUUCGGAGGAAGAAAUUCGUGAAGCAUUUCGGGUGUUUGACCGCGAUGGCAACGGAUACAUCAGUGCAUCGGAACUGCGACACGUUAUGACGAAUCUUGGGGAGAAGCUAACUGAUGACGAGGUUGAUGAGAUGAUAAGAGAGGCUGAUAUUGAUGGAGAUGGACAAGUCAACUAUGAAGAGUUCGUAAAAAUGAUGUCAAUGCGAUGAAAGGAUGGUUAUCAAUAGAAUGGUUUAUAAAUAUUUUAAUGCAAACAUUAAUAAUUGUUUUGUUUUAAUUGCUUACCAUCUACGUGUUGAUUUCUUUUAAGUGUUUCUAAAGGUAUCAUAAACAAAUCUUAUCAUUACCAAACUUGGUUUAUUCCUUUACGACAUAUCUCAAAAUUUAUAAAUAUAAUUUUCUGUAACUUUGUAAGCAGUAUAUCUUCAAAAUUAAGUUUUUAAAUCCAAUUUUCUUUGCUGCACUGAUUAUUAAUUUAUUGUAAGUAUCUGAGUAGAAAAAUAAACGAGUACAAAGUCAGCUUUUUGUUUCAGAAUUCUUUUUGGUUUUGAUAAAAAGAAAAAAAUUCUGGUUCUCUUUGCUACAUAUGUACUGGCUAUUGUGACGUAUUAUG